CAGCCAUGGAAGCCACUACGAGACACGCACCAGCUCUUCAAGCCUGCAAGUCGUGCAAGGACAGGAAGCGCAGAUGUGACAAAGCACUCCCAAAGUGCUCGCUGUGCUCUAGGAAGAAUCUGCAGUGCGAUUACCGGUAUAACCGGACUCAGUCAAACACAUUGCUAUCGCCAGCAUCCCCUGCCGCACCUACAGCGGUUGACACCAUCAGCGACAGCACCAAACCUGAGCUCCCUCCCCUAACGCUCUCCUCCAUACUCUUCCUAGACCCGACGCUCCUCCGACAUGGACCGCUUCAAGUCCAAGUUGACCACCACGGGACACAGAUUCCCGGCCACAUUUCAGCCGCUGUCGGUAGCCUCGAGAUGAUCCGAGAGACAGCCGAUACGUUUUUCGAAACCAUUCAUCCCUGGAUGCCCAUUCUCUCAAAAGUCCGCUUCCACGACGUCUAUCUCCGCGAUAAUCUCCACCACAAUAAGGGGGAUGUAGUCCUUCUCUUGCUCGUAUUCCGACUGAUCAUAUCAGCCCCAAUCCAAGAUCCACGGCUGGGGAUUUACGAUUGGACCAAACAAUUUUACCAAAGGGUCGAGGGGUCAGGGACUCCUUCAAUCUUGGUACUGCAGGCGAAUAUCUUCAUCGCCAUUUAUGAGCUUGGCCAUGGACUGUAUCCUAACGCGUAUAUGACGAUUGGGGCCUGUGCGCGGUAUCUGUAUGUCCUUGGGAUCAACGGGACAAGUUCUCGCAACGUGAAUAUGAAUCCACCGAGACCAACGUCGCUGAUUGAGGUCGAGGAAAGAAGGAGAGCGUGGUGGGCUGUUGUAAUUCUCGACCGCUUCGUGAGCAUCGCCGCCCCAACCCGUCCUUUCGCAACACCGGAUCCGGAGCUGGACGAUCUUCUACCGGUUGAUGAUGAGGAUUGGAAUAACGGGAUCGUCAGUGCCACAGACCUCUGGACCGUCGCGACGCCCAGCACCAAACACAUGAGCAAGUUUUCCCUUCUCUGCCAGGCUGCCCGGGUUCUGGGCAAAGUCAUCUGUUUCCUCAAUAGAUCUGGCCCGCGCAAUAGCACCAGCAACAGCAGCAGCAACGAGGAUGUAAACGCACGCCAGGAUGAUAUAGAGCGGAUACAACUCGACACGACCCUGCAGGCGAUGCUCACCGCCGCUAUGCAGCUCGACGAACCGGAUCUGGACACGAUUACUUUUAUCUACGGCACCACGAUGGCCCUCUACACCCCGCAUCUGUCCAGCGCAACGAGCGCGAGCGCAACAACGCCAACCACCCAGGAACCAAUCCUGCACGCACCGACCCGCGCGUUGGAGCUCAUCGCCGAGACCACCGACACCAUUUACACGAACCUUCUCGCCAAGGACUGUCUCUCCACCCGCGACGCGGCGGGGCUGUCCCCGUGGCGGGUGUACUUUGCGUACCGCACGCUGGGCGUGCACAUGCAGACAUUGCGGGAGGCGAGGAGUCUGAAAUGCCCAACUGGUCCUCAGACUAGAGUCCGGAUCGAUCAUGAUGGCGAGCCCGAGGAGACGGUCGAGAAGGCGGCGCUGGAGGAGAUUGUUGGGGCGAUGAAGGCGGCGUUUGAGGUUGUUGCGAGGCGGUGGAGGGUUGGUGGGAUGUAUUUGAGGUUGCUUGAGGCACAAGAGGUCCUUGUGGCUGGUGCUUAAGUACGAAGGUAUCUUGAACGCGAGUGGCUGAGAGAGGCGGAGAGGAGGGCUGGAGACUAUAUAAGACAUUCUCCUCUCAUUAUGUCCAUUGCAAGGCUCUCUGCCCAUGUCAGCCGGACGUUUUCCUCAGCAGCGUCAACAGAUAAUAAAUAAUACGAGGAAGACGAUAGGAAGGCCCGUUGGACAACCAAACGAGUAACCAAAACUCCCUCUAUACAAAAAGGAUUCAGAAUAGAAGAACCCCAUUCCAUACUAUUUAAUAUUCACUAUUCACUACAACAUAU